AUGUCGUGGUUCCUUCAGAAGAUCGUCCACAAUGAGGCGAUGAGGACCGAUCCCAAGGAGAUCUAUGGAUGGAGGGUCUACGCGCUGGCGUGUUCGGCAUGUUUUGGUGGAAUGCUUUUUGGCAUGGACUCUGGUAUCAUCGGCGGAGUCCUGACAAUGCCACCCUUCAUGGCUGAGUACGGCUUGACGGGCCUAAGCAAAACCGCGCAAGCCAACUUAUCCGCCAAUAUCGUGUCCACCCUGCAAGCUGGCUGUUUCUUCGGAGCUCUACUCGCUUCACCCGCGGCGGAUCGAUAUGGAAGACGCUACGCGCUCAUCGGAGCGGCGACGCUGGGGAUCCUUGGAGUCAUCAUGCAAGCCUUGGCGAGCGGUCAUCUGGAGGCUAUGUAUAUCGGCCGUCUGAUCACUGGAUUUGGGGUUGGAUCUGCCUCGAUGAUCAACCCUCUAUACGUUUCAGAGAACGCGCCACGGGCGAUUCGCGGCGGUCUCACCGGUCUGUACCAAUUGUUCAUCACCAUGGGAAUCAUGCUGGCUUUCUGGAUUAACUACGGCUGUCUGCUGCAUCUUGAGGGCUCAGCCAUGUACCUCGUCCCACUGGCAAUGCAGGGUCUACCUGCCGUCCUUCUCUUUGGAGGAAUGAUGUUGUGUAAUGAGUCACCUCGCUGGCUGGCUAAGCAGGACCGAUGGGAAGAGGCACGCGCGACUCUAUCCAAAGUUCGAGCGCUGCCUCCAGAUCACCCCUAUGUGGAGGAAGAGUUCCAGGCUAUUGCGCAGCAAUUGGAGCAAGAGCGACUUCUCAUUGCAGGCUCCGGUUUCUGGGAUCUCAUGAAGGAGAUGUGGCUCAUUCCAGGAAACCGAAAGCGAGCCAUCAUAUCUGUGCUUUUGAUGAUCUGCCAGCAGAUGACGGGUACCAAUGCAAUCAAUUAUUACAGCCCCCAGAUCUCUUGGCUCUCUAACAUAUUUGUCCUUCUUUUCAAAAUAUUGCAGCUCGGUAUUGAUGGUAAUGCAACUAAUCUCUUCGCCACGGGCGUUUACGGAAUCGUCAAGAUGGUCAGCUGUGGCGUGUUCCUCGUUUUCGUUGCCGACUCACUCGGUCGUCGCCGUUCACUUCUAUGGACAUCCAUAGCUCAAGGUCUGGCGAUGCUUUACAUUGGUCUAUACGUGCGCAUCGCUCCCCCCGUCCAAGGAAGUCCCGUGAUACCAGCUGGCUACUUUGCUCUUGUCUGUAUCUUCCUUUUCGCGGCAUUCUUCCAAUUUGGUUGGGGUCCUGUCUGCUGGAUCUACGUCUCUGAAAUCCCGAGUGCCAGACUUCGAUCACUGAACGUGGCCUUUGGUGCAGCGACACAAUGGCUGUUCAAUUUCGUGGUGGCUCGCGCCGUACCAGUCAUGUUGACGACAGUGGGUGCGAACGGUUAUGGAACAUACCUCAUCUUCGCAUGCUUUUGUUUCUCAAUGUUCUUCUUUGUUUGGUUCUUCAUCCCGGAAACAAAGGGCCUGUCGCUCGAGAAAAUGGAUCAGCUGUUUGGUGUCACGGAUCUGACGCAGCAGAAGGUGGACGAUACCGAGCAAGGCGUGGUUGUGGGCGACGACGGCAAAUCUACCGACGUCCGUGUCGAACACGUAGAAAGCUCGCGCGCGUAG